AUGGAACCAUCUCCAUUGUCAGAAGACAUAACUAAAAACAUUGUGGACUGGAAGCCAAAAGUUGGAUUAGAGUUUGAUAAUGUAGAACAAGCAUGGAAUUUUUGGACUGAAUAUGGUAGGAGGAUCGGAUUUGGAGUUAGAAAGCAGUAUUUUAAUAAGAGAAAGGAAGAUGGUGCUAUUACUUCUUGCAGAUACGUUUGUUGUAAAGAAGGUCUUCGAAAAGGGAAGAAACAAGAUUGUCAAGUUGCUAAACAUAGAGCUGAGACAAGAACAGAUUGUUCUUCCAGAAUUGCAGUAUCUUUGGGGAAGAAUGGGAAGUUUAUAAUUCAUGAGUUUGUAGAAGAUCAUAAUCAUCCCUUACAACUUGAGGAGACAACUCACAUUCUUGCUUCUCAUCGUAAGAUAAGUGAAUUUCAAGCUUAUGAGAUUGAAAUGGCUCAAGAAUCUGGUUUGCAACAAAAAUCCUCAUUUCAACUCCAAAGCACACUUGCAGGCAAUAGAUGCAAUAUCGGAUAUACUCGGUUGAAUGCAAAGAAUUACUUAAAGGAAAGAAGACAAAGAAGUAUGGUUUAUGGAGAAGUUGGUUAUGUGAUGGAAUAUUUUCAGCAACAGUUGUUAGAUUGUCCUUCAUUUUUUCAUGCAUAUCAGAUAGAUUGUGAUGAACAAAUUACAAAUGUAUUUUGGGCUGACGCGAAGAUGAUUUUAGAUUAUGCAUAUUUUGGUGAUGUAGUUUCUUUGGACACUACAUAUUGCACUAAUCGUGCAAAUAGAUCUCUUGCCUUGUUCACAGGUUUUAACCAUUAUAGAACCACCAUCAUUUAUGGUGCAGCUUUGUUAUAUGAUGAAAUGGCUGAUUCGUUUAAAUGGUUGUUUGAAACAUUUUUAGAAACACAUAAUCACAAAAAACCUAUAACGAUGUUUACUGACUAA